GUGACUGAAAGCUCUGGAAGUAAGGAGACCUUGAGAGAAGCUUCCUCUUGUUCAUCUACCUGGGGAAGGGAAGGGGGGCCUAAACCAGAACGUAGGCUAGGCCUCAAACUUCUCAACAUGAUAAUAAAUGAUACACGUUCUGCUCUGUGGAAAGCUUUAGUUAAGCUUUUCAUUCAAAUUUACAGUUUAGUUUAGUUCAUCAGUGAUGAGAACAGACUGAGUCACUGUGUGCUCAUGGGAAGAAAAGAGACUUUCAUAACAGCAGGCAUUCAAAUGUACUGAUUCCCUUCAGAACAGUCUACAUGGAUGUUGUUAUUGACGGACAGGCACAUUGCGCUGAAGGGCCCUCUGUGACAGGGACCAGAAGUCCCGGCUGUGCUGUGUGGGAGCUUGACGGUGAAGCGGAUCUCUGUCUUCUGCGGAAAACACCCAAGACCAAAAAAAGACCGGAGCGGGGGACCGUGUACCGAGGCGACUUCUCAUGAGCCAUUUUAAAAAAUCUCGUCCAGACGGAGGCUAAACGUGCUGUGUGAAGGCUGCCGGGCUUCAGGCUGGGUGAGGACGCCCACAUCUGUCCAGAGGGGGGGAAGAAAACGUCUGCACCCAAAGGAGAAAUCCGGCUUUUACACACGGCCAUGUGAGGUCCGACUAUGGAAAGCCAGAGUGCGCAAAGCUGUCCAGCCCAAAGGAAAGAUGGAGACAAUGGAAGUCGCACAAACAUAAACUCCUGUGUUUGAGAAAUCAACGACUCCUACAUGGUACACAACUGUGGAGUACAGAGAUGGAAGAGAGCCAGUAAGGCAGCCAUGUUUGUAAAACCGAAUGAGGAAACGAGAGGUGCACAUUCUUUGGAUCACGUUGCUACAGAAGAGUAGGCGUGCUCGAUACGUGCACAUGACACAGGACGAGCUGAGUCAAAUGACAGCACUGGAUGGACUGGCCACAGACGCAGAUAUGUAAGAAGACAUCACUCUGAUGUGCAGGUCCUGACAAUCAACACACUGCUGUGAUUCAUGCCACAUAUGUGGGCUCUCAGGGGGGAAAGGCGGUUACUCAACAGAGGAGAAAAGAGCAGAUGAUGUAUACCGGAGAGUGAUCAGCACUUGGUCUACUCCUGUCGGACAACUAAACAGCUUUCCAUUUUUUCGACAGAAGGGAGAGGGCAGGAAGAAGUUCUGAGUGUUCACCAUGCCUCGGAAUCGAGCCUUUUCAGAACCGGAGUACUCUGUGGAGUAUUCUGCGGACUGCUCGGUGACGCUGCCCUCUGACCCUGGACAGGCAGUGGGGCGAACACACGAGGUCACGGUCCGGAGCUCAGGAUGCUGCCUCUGCCUGCCGCGGUUCAUGCGCCUCACCUUUGUGCCUGAGUCUCUUGAGAACCUCUACCAGACCUACUUCAGACGGCAGAGACAUGAAACCCUGCUGGUGCUUGUUGUUUUUGCCGCACUCUUCGACAGCUACAUCAUCGUCAUGUGUGCAGUGGUCUACACCACUGACAAACUGGCUUCUGUCUUAGUAGCAUCAGUGGGACUGGCAGCAGAUAUUAUCCUCUACUUGCUGUGCCGCUUCGGGCUGCUGCCAGACCGCAUCUCAAGACGGGUGGUGCCCUAUGCCCUGUGGGUGCUCAUAGCAGCUCAGGUAUUUUGCUACCUGGGGUUGAACUAUGCUCGCUUCCACCAGGCCAGUGACACAGUGGGCUGGCAGGCUUUCUUCAGCUUUUCCUUUUUCCUGACUCUGCCUUUGAGGCUGACGCCCAUCGUGCUCAUCACUGCUGUAUCCUGUGGGAUCCACACCUUGGUUCUGGGCGUCACCAUCGCACAGCAGCAGCAGGAGAACAUCCAGGGGGCAGCACUUGGCCGACAGCUGCUGGCCAACAUUGUGAUCUAUGUCUGUGCCAUCACCGUGGGCAUCAUGUCAUACUACAUGGCUGACAGGAAGCAUCGGAAGGCCUUUUUGGAGGCAAGACAGUCACUGGAGGUCAAACUCAACCUGGAGGAGCAGAGCCAGCAACAGGAACGCCUGCUGCUCUCCAUCCUUCCAAAGCACAUAGCUGACGAAAUGCUUCAGGACAUGAAGAAGGAGCCCAGUCAGAAGGAGAUGCAGCAGUUCAACACCAUGUACAUGUACAGACAUGAAAACGUCAGUAUUUUGUUUGCAGACAUCGUGGGCUUCACCCAGCUGUCGUCGUCCUGCAGCGCUCAAGAGCUGGUGAAACUGCUCAACGAGCUCUUCGCCCGCUUUGACAAGCUGGCCGCAAAAUAUCACCAGCUGAGGAUCAAGAUCCUGGGAGACUGCUACUACUGUAUCUGCGGGCUACCGGACUACAGGGGGGACCACGCUGCCUGCUCCAUCAUGAUGGGCUUGGCCAUGGUGGAGGCCAUCUCGUACGUCCGAGAGAAAACGCAGACAGAUGUGGACAUGCGGGUUGGAGUGCACAGUGGCACAGUCCUGGGGGGAGUGCUGGGUCAGAAGCGCUGGCAGUAUGACGUCUGGUCCACAGACGUCACGGUGGCCAACAAAAUGGAGGCUGGAGGAAUACCAGGUCGCGUCCACAUCUCACAGAGCACCUUGGAGUGUCUUCAUGGCGAGUUUGAUGUGGAGCCAGGGAACGGAGGUGACCGCUGUGACUACCUGAGGGAGAGGGGCAUUGAGACCUACCUGGUGGUUGUCCCUAAAGGACCUCUGGGAAAGAAUGGCAUCAAUGGUGUAAAGCUGUCUGUAACCUCUUCCAAUGGAAACUCCCCGCUGUUGAUCAACACCACAGAAUGUAAUGGCAGUGUAAAUACAGCCUGCACCACACCGGAGGAACCAGAAGAGCUGGACACGAGGGUGGUGAAUCCAUCGUUUCCUAACCCUCGCAGAAGGCUGCGGCUGCGGGACCUGGCUGAAAGGGUGAUCGAUGCUCAGGAGAACGAGCAGGAGCUCAACAAACUGCUCAAUGAGGCUCUGCUGGAGAGAGAGACAGUCCAAGCUCUGAAGGGGAAACACACCAACAGGCUCUCCCUGAGGUUUGUGGACCCAGACCUGGAGACUCGUUACUCGGUGGAGAAGGAGAAACAGAGCGGAGCAGCCUUUUGCUGCUCCUGUGUGGUCCUGCUCUUCACUGCAGCGAUGGAGGCGCUCAUAGACCCCUGGCUGAUUGCAAACUACAUCACAUUUGCAGUGGGAGAAGUCCUGCUGCUCAUCCUGACAAUCUGCUCUCUGGCUGCCAUCUUCCCCAGAGUCUUUCCCAAGAAGCUGGUGUCUUUUUCCACUUGGAUUGACCACACCCGCUGGGCCCGUAACACCUGGGCCAUGGCAGCUAUCUUCAUCCUCACCAUGGCCAACAUCAUGGAUAUGCUGAGUUGUCAGCCUCAAGUCGCAGACUUGAGCAGCCCCACAGCGGCUCCCUCCUUCUCCUUUGGCCCUGGUGGCUGCCUGGACAACCCCAAAUAUUAUAGCUACAUCGCAGUGCUGGCACUGAUGGCCACCACCAUGCUGGUUCAGGUCAGUCACAUGGUGAAGCUGACACUGAUGCUGCUCAUCACAGUCGCCACUGGCAUUGUUAACAUCUACAGCUGGAGGGACAUCUUCGACAGCUAUGACACUGCUCGCUUCCAGGACUACAGGUCAUACCUGGUGCCCUCCAAGUUAACAAUGACACUUAUGAUCUUCAUUAUGAUGGUCAGCUUCUAUUAUUUCUCCCGACAUGUGGAGAAGCUCGCCCGCACCCUGUUCCUAUGGAAGAUUGAAGUCCAUGAACAGAAGGAGAAAGUGUAUGAGAUGAGACGCUGGAAUGAAGCACUGGUGACCAACAUGCUGCCUGAACAUGUAGCUCGACACUUCCUGGGCUCCAAGAAAAGGGAUGAGGAGUUGUACAGCCAGUCCUACGAUGAGAUCGGAGUCAUGUUCGCCUCAAUCCCCAACUUCUCUGACUUCUACACAGAGGAGAGCAUCAAUAAUGGAGGGAUUGAAUGCUUACGGUUUCUCAAUGAGAUCAUCUCAGACUUUGAUAGUCUGCUGGAUGAGCCUCAGUUCCGCUGCAUCACAAAAAUCAAGACCAUUGGCAGCACCUACAUGGCUGCAUCAGGUGUCACCCCAGACAUCAGCAAUGGCUACAACUGCAUGAAGAAGGAGGAUCAGUCUGACAGAGAGCGCUGGCAGCACCUGGCAGACCUGGCAGACUUUGCUCUGGCCAUGAAGGUCACACUCAUGAAUAUCAACUACCAGUCAUUCAACAACUUCAUGCUCCGCAUUGGUCUGAAUAAGGGUGGAGUGUUAGCAGGAGUUAUCGGUGCCCGGAAACCCCACUACGACAUCUGGGGCAACACUGUGAACGUGGCCAGUCGCAUGGAGUCCACAGGGGUUAUGGGAAACAUCCAGGUGGUGGAGGACUGCUACAACAUCCUGAAGGAGUAUGGCUUCCGCUUUGUGAGGAGGGGCCCCAUCUUUGUGAAGGGCAAAGGAGAACUGCUCACAUAUUUUCUGAAGGGAAGAGACAAACAAGGCUCAUUUAUCAACGGUUCCUCCGUCACGCUGCCACACCAGGUGGUGGACAGCUAAGGACCACACACACUCUCUCACACACACACACACACACACAGAGUAAUCACAUCUAGUGUGUAAUGAAUACAGAAAAAGCAGAAAGAGAGUUUUUGGAAUGAGAAGUAAUUUGCCUAAAAACGCUCUGGUACCUGGAACAGAAAAAUACUACUGACACACACCUGUGACAACACCCCACACACAACUCAACUCACACAUACAGGGUCACUGUCUAUGGAUAGAUAUAUCUACCAUUAGAGAUUUGAUUGAAGUUUAAGUGAUAUGUUGGAAUUGAACCAUGGAACUCAAAACAUGAAGAAUAAUCAUCUUAAUGAGGAAUGAAGUAAAAGAUGGCAGCUUCGGACGUCUAGACUCAGAUUAUACACAAUUAAAACAAUACAAAUAAACAGAACUAGAAUAUAAAUAUCUGCAGUGCAUUCAGAAAUUAUUCUGACCCUUUUACUUUUUUCACAUUAUGUUAUAUUGCAGCCCUACGUGUAAAUCAUUUAAUGAUUUUUCCUCCUUUCCUACACUCAGUACAUCAUAACGACAGAGUGGAGACAGACUUUUAGAAACAUCUGCAAAUGUAUCAAAAAAGAAAAACUGAAAAUCACAUCGACAUCACUGAUAUUGCCCCAUAACUGUUCAGCUAUCAAAACACCCUGCGCAAAAUGAGGAUUGUUUUGAAAUCAACAUGAGGGUGAGGAUUGAUUCAAACUGAUUUAAAUACACAGAUGGGCUUUAUGUCUUUCCAGAAACAUCUUUCAGAUAAAAACAACAUUGUACGUGCACGCACACACACUCACACACACGCACACACCAAUUCUGAUGCCAUCUCUUCAGCCUAAAUUCUGAACAUUGUCAUUUACACUUCCAUGGACGGGAACCCGAAUGACUGUGAUGAGGAAGACGAUUUGAAAGUUGACCAGUGAGAGUUGAUAUAAACUGAUCUGCCACCUGCUGCCCAUGUGUGGUCGUAUGGGUGUUGCAUUACUCAUAGUGUAUUUUUCCACAGUCGAAGUAUUCUCUCUCCUUGAAUCAGAUCUGGAAGUCCUGUGUUCUCCUCUCAACUCGUGGAGCCCCUGCAGCACACUACACUGAUGGCCUCUGGACGUUUGUGUGCCUCGGAGCUGUGCUGAACAUGAAGGAUAACAGACAAUUUGCUCUGUGUUUCAGGAUAGAGACAGGUGAUGGUGUCAGGAGGCACACAUGGCAAAAACAUUUUUCACAUUAUGGAUUGAUGGAAGUGCCUAUCACAGUUGUGAUCGCAAUGUUUUAAUUAUGUUACUCUCCAGACAGGAAAUUCUACAAGUGCUUUCACAACGAUGCAAAAGGAUAAUUCCAGUUUAUGACAUUUUGGGUUUUAUUUAUGUAUCUCAAACCAACAUGUAAUUCUGAACGUGGCCACCACAUAAAAUGCUUUAAAUAAUGUGUCCAGAGUGUCUAAAUGUCUGACUGUUUGAUUGUUUACCUCUUUUAGUUAUGUCACCGUGACAUAUGAUCUCAGCUUCUACUUGAUGGGAACAUGUGAGGAAAAAUAAACUGGAAUUAUCUUUUAGCUGCGUGGUGGUUGCGGAAAAACGCUGAAACAAGUUUUUAAGCAGAUUGUGAAAGUAAUAUAGUACGCACUACACAAGGUAAAAUGAGCUUGAUGUGAUAUCACCGUUGGUGUUGUUCCUGGAACAUCUGAACUAUUUUACUCUGGGACCAUGAAAGCAACUGACCAAUCCCUUUCUUGCAUUGUUAAAGCUUUGCAACCCAGCAAAAAGACUGAAAUCUGUUGUAGUUUGGAACACGUGUUCCAAUCUAGAUAGGAGGAGAUCCAUCUAGAGAGGAGCCACUAGAAACUGUUUGUUCAAAGGCAAGCAAAAAAAGGACUUGUAAGGUGAUUGAUGGAUGAUCUGUCUAUCACCACCUAUCACAGGGUAACUCCAACCAAUCAGAUCAAAAGUAGGAGAGUGCUGCCACCAGCAGAGACACCUGGUGAAACAAAUCUUUAAUAAAGCCAGUGUCUAGAAAGGGGGCGUUCUUUGCCCUUCUGUCAAGAAAAUCUUCUUUCUAGUUCUGAAAGAACAACUAUCGCAGCUAUGCUGACUUCCUGAGGAGCCGCCACUGAUGUUUUGAAAUGAGCAGAGUUUUGUCUCUGGUCAGUACACCUAAACCAUGCCCACAGCUGCCAGUUGUUCCUUAUGUGCUUACUGGUUCAACAUCUGUGUAUUCAGCCACAAGUUUGUAGAGAGCUUAAGUCCCAUCCCUUCAGUUUCCCUCAUGGGAACUUAUUUCAGAAAAACCCUGUCUGGUAGUGAACGGAGAGAGACAAAUAAUUAAUUGAUCCUGUGUGAACUGUGUCUCGAAUCACAAAUAUGAUGUUUGUCAAACUGGUGAAACAUCAGACUGUGAAGAUUCGUCAUUAUAAAGACUACUCAGCCAACAGUUAUGUUAGGGACGUAGUCUCAUUGAUCACUCACCAAAACCCAUGAUUUAAACAUUAUAGAGCUGCUCCUGUAUAUUAGCAGCUCACAGAACUGAACCAGAACCAACUCUCUUUCACAGAACUGCUGUUGUCAAUAUGAGCAGAUUCUUUGUGAUGUUCAUCUUUUUACAACCUUUUCUGAGCCCAGUGGGCUCCAUGUUGGUGUUGGUGGUGUGUGUUGAUGAGACGAUGUAGUUCACUGAGCGCUUUAACACAAAAUUACAGGAGGUUUUAUUGUAAUAACAACAAACUGACACUUUAUUGACUUGGACAUAUUUUUCUCAAAUACCAUACAUGUGAUUCAUAACACAAUUCAAAUGGGAUAGAAAAAUAUUUAUUUCUCUUCAUUCACUACCAUACAAAGUUUUUGCAAAAUAAGGUCCCAUGAGGCAAACCAGAGGGGGCGUGACAUCACAAAUACUGCCUCACAGGGUAAUGUUCUCCCAAACCUACACCUAAACUGCAAAAGGAAACAAAAACAUGAAAAACACAAAGUAAAUGAACCUAGAAGAAAAUGAUAACUGAACAGUAUAACAAAAUGUUCUGAAGGGAUUCCAAACCCGGCAUCUUUGGUGAGGGUUCUGAACCCAUUCAGCCACAGCAGCUUUCUCCAAGUGGACUUGCUGCUCCUUAAGUUGAAAGCAUGUUUCAGGCACAACACCAACACCAGUUGAGAGGCUAUGACUUGUGUUGGUUCAGUGACGUUUGAGCAACUCCAUUUAUACCUGGUGUUAACAUAGCGUCUAUAUCUGGGUCAUUAUAUGUGAUCAUGAAGCCUUUGCAUCUGUACCUAGAAUUAAUGAUUGUUAUCAUUAUCUCAACUCUGCCUGCAGCAUGGUCAAACCUCAGCAACCUGGUGGAUUUGUUGUUUUUCAUUCAUGUACAUUUCUUCAUUAGCAGUGGCCAUCAACUUUGAAAAACUUCUUGCAAUGGAAGAUGUUGCUUAGCUUUUUUCAUCAGAAUGUGCCCGAACUACACAGACGUUAUUUUCACAUUGUUAAGUUCUGAUUACACUGUGAGCUUAACCACCUCCAGAAGUGGAUCCUAUGUGCAUUCACACAUGCCUUCACUUGUGCUUUCCCUGAUCCAGAAAAGAUCCAGAUCCAGAUCUUAUGUUAAUACAAGAUGGAAAUGGACUUUAACUUCACUGGUAAAUUUUGACCUAAAGUUUUAUUCUCUGCUGUCAAGAAAAUGGUGCAAUUUCCCAAAUGGAGACGGGUGUAUUCUAAUAUGUGUAAACUGUGGUCAUCGAAGGUUUUAGCUGCAGACAAGAAGUAUGCAGGAGAAAAACUUGACACAAUUGGAACCCUGUGUGGUUUUGCGGACACAAACAGCCUAAUUUAUUCUCAAGAGGAUGUGUCCUGUCACAGCCUCUGCAAGUCUGACCUCCAACUGAGCCACCUUGGUUCGUCUACCAAAGGUGGAGGCAGGGUGCAAAAAUUUGACACCCAAAUCAACACGUACACUGGAAAAGGAUGUGACGAAGAAUAUAUUUACACUUCUGUCAAGCCAACCUGCUCACCUGCAGGAAAGCCCAAUACUAUGCUUGUUUUUAGUCACAAGCUUGUCUUUUUGCUUGUGACAACCCUGUAACAUUAGUCCCCUGAUUGUUAUUCCGGGUUAUUACAAGGCUUUGACGUGACAGCAGUGAUAUGCAGGAGAAGAGCACACCCACCUGGCAGGAAGCAGCUGUACUAUGUGUGUUUCAGGGUAAAGUAUUUAGGGAGCUGCAUCUCGUCCUGUUGAUUCUAAAGCCCAUUAGUGUCUCUGUAGAAUGGGAUCAAAGUGCAAUAGUUUCUUCUUCUUACAGACCUGACACUUCUCUUAAGAAAAGGUUCAAUCAUAACUUCCCUUUUAAUUAUUUUUUUCUAGUGUAAUGUAAAGUUUUGUUCUAUUUAAAGUGGGGAAGAGAGGACUGAAUGUGUCCCUGUUGUACAUAGAGUUUAGGCAGUGUUUAUUUGUCAGAUUUAUUCACUGGAAAUGACAGGAACUUUGUUUUUUGUUUUGUUUUUCUUACACAGAUGUGAAAGUGCCAAAUGAUAAAAGAAAUGUUAAAGCCAAAACAUGGACCACAGCUGUUUCCUGAUUUGUACUAUAAAAGAAUCUCAGGCUUGGGAACAAAAUAGCACUUUGAAUAAUCUGUCAUGAUUCCAGGUUUUGGUGGCAACAGAAUUUUUGAGCUAAGUACCAAUACAAGAACAGUGAGAUGCCAUCUGGAGAGCCCACACCAGCAGGGCCAGCUGACGGCAUCAAAAACAAUGAGAUGAUUCUGGUUGUUGUUACCGCUCAACUUUUGCCUGAAUUUGAAUCAGAACCUUGAUUCAUCUUCUCAGUUUUUGUGGUUUCAAUUAGAAAUACUUUAGGUCUACUCAACCUGUUCUGAACAGUUUACCCCAACCUUGGUGUUUAAGUUGAAGUCAGUGUACCCUCUUUCAUUUCUCUUGUUUGUCAUCAUAAUGUGAGUUGAUUAUAAAAGUCUAAUAAAGAAGAGCCUCAGUGUUGUGA